CCGUUGCUGCGGACCACGUUCUGCAGGCCCAUCGCCAUUUCCAGCAUCUUCCCUUCCGCAGCGGCCGUUCUCCCAAUUCCCCUCCCCUCUCCACCAAUCCCACCACCGCGACCCUAUGGCCUCCGCCUCCGGCGCCGGCAAGUCGCUAUUCCAGGGCCUGCGCAGGUUCCUCAAGAAGCCAUGGGAGAUCACGGGACCCUGCGCCUCGCCCGAGUACCGCAGCGCGCUCCCUGGCGCCCUAGAGUACCGCGUCAAGUGCCCGGCUACCGUGCGCGACGACCGAGAUAUGGCCAUCGUGCCCACCUCCGACCCGGAAACCGUCUAUGACAUCAAGUACUACACGCGCGACCGCCGCCGGGACCGCCCGCCCGUGCGACGCACCCUCCUCCGCAAGCCGGACCUCGAACGCUACAUGGCCGCCAAGCAGUUCGACCCCGCCAAGGACUUCCCCGUGCCCUACGUCAACACCACCGUCGAGGAGGACGAUAACACCAUCGGCGGCGGAUACCAGAAGUGAGCCAGGUAAUCGUCUGUGUUGUACUUGGACUCCAUCAGAAGCUGCACCGUCGUCAUUUCUGGCCUUAAACAUCCCUUUUUCUUUCGUUCUCAGAAAAUUUUCUGGUUGUAAAAGAUGAUGGCGGCAAUAAUAUUGCAUUUGUGGAGCACGCCAAAUGCAUAUUUCUUGUAAGUUGCAUUCGAAAACUCUUUCGACCUGACACUGGUGCUAUGGUUUAAUGAACGAUGCGAGGUUUCUGCUCGAA